UGUCCUCACUUGAAACUUUCCUUUGUAUUGGACCAACAUGUUGUAGAUGUUGUAGUUGCUGUCACACGCCAUAUGCUUCAUACGGAGUCAUCGUCAUAUAUUGUUAUGGACAUUUGCGCAAAAUUGAAGUGGCUUUUGAAAUAAGUUUUGGUUUGGAUUCUGACAGCUCGCAGUGUAUAAUGUAAAGCAAGUACCAUUGGAUAGUGGAUUAUUUUUUUUUUGACGACUUUUGAAAGAUGAAUUUAAUCAUCAUAUAUCUCCUAUACGUUUUUGUUAUAUCAGAAUGUCAGAUCUGUGAACACAUGACCUACCAUGAACACAGUCAGACCUGUAUUGUGUUGGUCCAGCAUCUUGCCAAGCACGCCGAAGCAGAGGGUUACUGUCGUGACCUGUUCUAUGGCGGACAUCUGGUUCAUAUCCUGGAUGAAAACACCGACACAUUUAUCCGAGGUUUUCUCAACAGUACCACGGACAAGGCGUUGAUUGGUUUACAAGAUAGUAAGAAAAACGGACAUUACACGUGGGGAGAUACCAUUAAGGCAACUUCCUAUUUCGGUUGGGCGUUCAGGCCUCACAUACCCAGUCCAUCUUACUCUACUGCAGUAGCCACUAAACAUGGUUGGAUGGAGUUCGGGAAUUCCCCAGCUAACUUUCUUUGCCAGACUCAACCACUUAUUUCAAAGCCAGUUUUAAAGUGUCCACUCCUGAAAGAGGGUGAGACGAAUGCUUCUUUAGUUUGCGAGGCUUGGAGUAAUGCCAAGAGUACGAUAGUGUCUGCUAAAAUGUACGGAGCCACCGGACAAUGGGCCAACUGUACGCAGGACAACUGCGAAAGCGAAUUAGGGUUGCAGUCUAGUCUAGUCGUUACUCCUGGCAAGGUCUCACUGAACACGAAGAUCGAUGUCGUCAGAAGAAGUGAUGCAGGACAUGUCACCUGUACUUUUCACUCGAGAAACGAUCUCACGUCAUCAGCAUCUUGUGAUUUAAAUGUUUACGCUGUACCACAAGGGCCCAGCUGCGAGCACAGCUUCAACGAGACUCACAUCACUGUUAGGUGCACUGAUAGCAACGUGCAUCCUAAAGUUGGGUGCACUUGGACUCACUUUAUCCAUCAGAUGUCCUCAAGAGCUGGCAAUGUCUCUAGUUCCGAGGGAACUGAAGUCAAUGAACAGUCUGUUAGUCAGGCUUCUACACUGUCUCAGAGGUCAUGUGAAUACAGUGUCUUGGUCAGCUCUCAUGGAUUUUAUACUUUCACUGUUUCAAUGUAUCCGGUGAUUGAUGACCUUGACCUGAAAAACGAGUCUGUGACCACAACAGUGGACAUAUUGAUAGAGCCACCAGUGGAAGAGCCCAAGUUCUACGUCACCAACGGAGUUUCACAUGAUGGGGCUCUGUACGCAAUGGAAAACACCACCUCUGUCAUCUCUUGCUCUGUCCACGGAGGUACGCCUCUGGUCCAGGACACCAGGAUUCAAUGCGAUAAGGAAAUCAAAGACAUCUCCACCCAGUGCUCCACUUCUGAGAGCCGAGGUCACAUCGCUAGUAUGAGAAUCAGCAUCGGCCGACAGACUGAUAACAGGAGCUGUGUCUGCUCGGCUCGCCAUAUCUCUCAAAAAUAUAAUCUCUCAAAGACAAUUACUCUAUUUCUAACAAGCAAGGGUGAAGAGUUCAGUGAGAUGCUGAUAGUACAACUUAUUUCCGGUGCCUGUUUUACCAUUGUAGCGCUCGGAGUGCUUUUAGCAGUGGCCACCAUCAGAAGUCACAUUCAAGCAAGACGAAAAGAUUUGAACGUAAAAAAUGAAGAAGAACGCCCUAGAAAUGAAUAUGUCGGACUGUGGAAGCUGAACUCAAUCACGGUGCCAGAAAUUAUCAUCGAAGAGGUCGCUAACGUCGAAAACAGCGUGUACCACACUAUCCCCGAGUCUCUCAGCAGCAAGCCACCUCGCCAGGAUCAGUACAUUGAGUUUGUGCCCGAGUCUCUCAGCAGCAAACCCCCUCGCCAGGAUCAGUACAUCGAGUUUGUCCCCCAGACUUUAGUCACUCCCUCAGGAGAUUGCAUGGAUACCCUCUCAGUCCCAGGUACAUCCGAGGAACCGGAAAUACUCAAGGCAGACUAUCUGAACUGGCAGCCUCCAAAUCUGUGCGUCACGGAAACCCCGGAGAAUGAUGGGAAGGAGGAUGUGAACAAAGAUGGCUACGUCAUUGUCAGAGUGUUGCGCCGAGCGAAAGAGAACAUCCGGAGAUCACUGAUGUAUCAAAACGUCAGACUGAAACGUUCAAGCAAAUGUCAAGUGAUCGUUGAUGCGAAAUAGAUUUGAAUCGAUUUUGUUUCGUAACAUUUUCAUUUAGUAUAAGCCACGAACAAAAGGAUUACUUUUAACUCAUGUAUGUAUCUAUACAACUGUACAUUCAUCGAAUUGACCUUUAGCUAUGUUCUUUUUACUUAAGUCGGAAGCCGAUGUAUUCUGAAGAUUGAAUGAAAGUCUGGGCAUGAUUUUCUGUUUUAAAUAUAUUGUCCAUGUUCUGAUAUAAUGGCGUGUUUACAAUGUGUGUGUUUAGAUAUUCUUGAACUUUCGAUAUGAUGUUGUGUUCGGAAUAUUGUGUUUAUGUUUCCAUAUGAUGUACUAUGAAGUUUGAUGUAAUUUGAUACAUAGUGUUGAAUUAUAUUAAAACUUGUUAAUCGG